AUGAGGUGUCCAGAGAGGAUAAAGGCCUGGCCCGCAGGGUCGGGGGGAGGGCCCCCCACUACGCUCCUCUCUGCAUCCUUCUCUUCCCUGGGUCCUCCGAGUCCACCGCUCUCAUGGCCCCCAAAAAGCCCGAGGCGAAGAAGGAGGAGGCCAAGGCGGCCCCCAAGACGGCAGCCGCCGCCCCGGCCCCCGCCCCGGCUCCAGCGCCCGAGCCUGACCGGCCCAAGGAAGUGGAAUUCGACGCUUCCAAGGUCAAGAUCGAGUUCACACCGGAGCAGAUCGAAGAAUUUAAGGAGGCCUUCAUGUUGUUCGACCGCACGCCCAAGGGCGAGAUGAAGAUCACCUACGGGCAGUGCGGGGAUGUCCUGAGGGCCUUGGGACAGAACCCGACGCAAGCCGAGGUGCUCCGUGUCCUGGGGAAGCCGAAACAGGAAGAGCUCAACAGCAAGAUGAUGGACUUCGAAACGUUCCUGCCCAUGCUCCAGCAUAUUUCCAAGAAUAAGGACACGGGCACCUACGAGGACUUUGUGGAAGGGCUUCGGGUCUUCGACAAGGAGGGCAACGGCACUGUCAUGGGUGCUGAACUCCGCCAUGUGCUGGCCACGUUGGGUGAGAGACUGACAGAGGACGAGGUGGAGAAAUUGAUGGCAGGGCAAGAGGACUCCAAUGGCUGCAUCAAUUAUGAAGCAUUUGUGAAGCACAUUAUGGCCAGCUGAACCUCCCAUAGGGAGCCCAGGGGACACUGAGCCGGGGACAUCUCCUCCCAUCUCCUGUCUGUGAUGCCGACACUGCUGUCCUGAAGCUGCAGGAAGGAGGAGGAAGUGGACCAGACUCCUCCACGUACCCCAAGAUCUCUGUGAAAGGAUGAGAUCGCUCAUCCCUGCCCACCCCCCCUUAUCUACGGUGCUUGCCUGGGACUCCCUCUGUGUGUCUACCCCAUGGGCCUGAUAAAUAAACGGAAUUCCUUCCUUC